UUAGCCAAUACGGAUAUAAGUAGUUCGAUACUUGGACGGCAAAGACAAAAUUGAUACCAGAUUUUAACGAAGGUAUAAGCUACCUACAAAAUUAGGGCACACCAGUUCAGUUGAGAGAUAUACCUGAGCUGAAGAUGAGGAGAAUUACUGUGCGUUACUCUUCCCAUGGUAUUCCCUUUAUCUCUUUCUUUGCUAUUUCCCGUUCUUGUUCGGCAACUACUGUUAGAGUUUAUUCUUCAAAUCAUAGUAAUAUGUCCAUUUCGGCAAAGGCUAUAUUUGGGAUAAAUAGCAAGCUUGAGAAUGUCAAGUGUUUAGAUGAUGAUGUGACUCUCUUCCAUCAAAUGGUCAAAAAGCAGCAUCUUCCUUCUGUUUUCGACUUCUCUAAAUGACUCAAGACUAUCCUAAAUCUGAAGCGUUACUCUGCUGUUAUUUCCCUUUUUCGAGAAAUGCAGAAAUUGGGUAUCCCAAUUGAUGAUUUCAUCUUGAAUAUCGUGAUUAACAGUUAUUGCCUGAUGCAUCAUGUUGAUUGUGGAUUUUCGGUGUUAGCCAUUUACUUGAAAAAAGGCAUUCCGUUUGAUGUUGUAACCUUUAUCACUGUAAUUAGGGGAAUCUUUGCUGAAAAUAAGGUCAAAGAUACAGCUGACUUGUUCAAAAAGUUGGUGAGGGAGAAGAUUUGUGAGCCUAAUGAAGUCAUGUAUGGAACCGUCAUGAAUGGUCUCAGCAAAAGGGGCCAUACUGAAAAAACUGUUAGUUUGUUCCGCUUAAUGGAACAAGGGAACAUUAAGCCGAACAUAUGUAACUACAACAUUGUCAUAGAUUCUCUUUGCAAAGAUAGAAACUUAGAUGCUGCUAGCAGCCUUUUGAACGAGAUGAAUAAGAAAGGCAUUCGUCCAAACAUAAUCACAUACAAUUCAUUAAUUGAUGGUUUGUGUAAGUUUGGUCAAUGGGAAAAGGUUAGGAUUUUGUUCUGUGAGAUGGUAAAUCAUAAUAUUUAUCCAGAUGUGCACAACUUCAACAUAGUGAUUGAUGGACUAUGCAAAGAAGGGAAAGUUGAAGACGCCGAAGAAGUAAUGAGACAUAUGAAUGAAAAAGGUCUAGAGCCUAAUAUAUUAACUUACAAUGUGAUAAUGGAUGGAUAUUGUUUGCGUGGUCAAAUGGAUAGAGCGAGGAGAAUUUUCGAUUUCCUGAUAAAUAAGUGCAUUGAGCCUGACAUUAUUAGCUAUACCACACUAAUAAAUGGAUACUGCAAGAAAAAGAAGUUGGACGAAGCUAUGCAAUUGUUUCAUGAAAUUUCCCAAAAGGGAUCAAAGCCUGAUAUAGUUACCUAUAAUACCAUCUUGCAAGGUCUAUUUGAAGUUGGACGGAUUGGCUCUGCAAAAGAGUUCUUUGAUGAGAUGCUAUCUACGGGGCUUGUACCCGAUUUAUGCAUUCAUGGCACAUUGCUCAAUAGUUAUUUUAAGUAUGGACUUGUUGAUGAAGCUAUGUCACUCUUUAAGGAGUUGGAAAGAAAGAGAGGAAAGUCUGAUAUUGAAUUUUACAAUGUUGUCAUUAAUGGAUUGUGCAAAAAUAGAAAACUUGACAAAGCUCAUGCUAUUUUUGAGAAGCUUUAUUUUAUUGGAUUGCUUCCGAAUGUGAGAACAUACACUAAAAUGAUAAAUGGACUUUGUCUUGAAGGGUUGUUAGAUGAAGCUAUAGAUAUGCUAAGAAAAAUGGAGGACGAUGGUUGUUUGCCAGACGGUGUCACUUACAACGUUAUAGCGCAAGGAUUUCUGAGGUGCAACAGAAUUAUUGAAAUGGCAACUUUUAUGAAGGAAAUGGCUGGAAGGAAAUUCUCAUUUGAUGCAACUACAACUGAGUUAUUGGUAAAUGUUAUAACGGAGAAUCCUUCUGUCCUUGACAUGAUACCAGAGCUUCACUUGAAAAAUAACAAGUGAAUAUUUCUUUCGCUUGGUUUAUCCGGCUACACUAUCACCGCGAUACAAUUUCCUUUUACCUCUUAAAAGAAAUCGCAUCUGAUGCAAUCACAUAAUCUGGAAAAAAAGGCAAUUAGAACAUUUCUCGAGCUUUCCAAGCAUGCCUAUUAAGGAGGUACGUCAAUUUUAUUACGUUGAUUAUUUUCCGGUCUUCUUUAUUGUAGAAAUAAAUGUUAUUGCACUCUUAAUUGGAGAAAUAACCAUUUGGUAUUCGCAACCUA